UAAAGAUUCUGUAAUCUUGAUGUUAUUUUCUUAGAUCUUAAGCUUUAAAAAGUAGGGUGUUUUUCAAUAGAGCUUGCAACUGACGGGGGUUUCGUCGGCUUUGAGGAAUUAGGGUUUAUAUUCCGGAGGUUGACGUGAAGCUUGUGAUUUCCAUUUACAUGUACUUUUUGCAGUAUUGUUGAACUUGACGAGCUGCUUGGUUUCAUUUACCUCUUAAAAGCUAGCUUUGCAUGAGUUUGGUUAUGGAUACGAGCAAGUUCAAACCUGAAUCUCAUGUAGCACAACAAAGCAGGCGAGAAAAGUUGAGGGUUCACCAUUUUGAGGAUUUCCCCAAUAGUUUGGAGCAAGACUCCUCGGUCCAUUCGGGGCUAAACUCAGAUCUUGUUCAAGUUCGUAAUCUUAGGAAUGCUAAGAUGCUUCACGAGCCAACUAUUGUGUACUCAGGUAUCAUCCGUGUUCCGCCACAGGAAAAUGCUUCUGCUAAAGUCUCUGGUGACCCACCAAGUUGUGGAAAUCUGAUGGUGGGUUAUGCAAGUGGAUUAGGUGGCAGGGAAAACAAUCAAAACCCUAUGUUUAUUGGGGAGGUGCUGUCAAAUAAUGCAAGGGAAAGCAACGUAUGUGCAGCUAUGCAGUAUUUUGGGACUGGGAGUGACAUUUGUAGACAGGAUAGCAAAAGGCAUUGUGGGGAAUUGCAGUUUGUUUCAUCUUCACUUUAUGAUGUUGCCACAGCUUCUGUGGGUACUCAGGCUAGUGCUUUGCAUUUUGAUAACGCUGGUGCUUGGACGAAUAGGCCGCUAUUAGAGCACUGUCCACAGUGGGGUGAAACUUCAAGUACUAUCCAAGGGCUCUCUCUAGCUCUUUCGUCGAAUCCUUCGUCGAAAAUUUAUGGUGCGGCUCAAUUCACAGAGGACCAGCGUGGUUCUCAGCAUGCCUUCAAGGAACCUCAUCGUGAUUCAAAAGCUUUAAAGCCUGGCCAUUUGUUUUCGAUGCAGAAGCCGUCUAUAAUCGGUAAAAGUAGCGGAAAUUCAACUUACGUUCACCCCCUUGGUCCAUUCACCGGAUAUGCAACUAUUCUCAAGAAUUCAAGGUUUCUUAAACCAGCACAAGAACUAUUGGGUCAAUACUGUCAUAUGACCAACUCAAAGCUUGGUAAAGUUCACGAGACAUCCGAUGGGGUCUCCAAUAGCAUCGGUGUUUCAGCCUCGGUUGCUGUUGCCAAUGCAGUUGAUAUGGAAGAUGGAGCUAUUAAGGGAAAUAACUCCGGGGCUUCGGUCUCUGGUCUUUGCAGUUCUAAUGAAAUUAGUACAGUUGAUGUUAGCGUUGGGGGCAGCUCUGAGUACCAACAAAAGAAGGCAAAGCUUUUAUAUUUGCAGGAUGAGGUUUGCAGACGAUACAAGCUAUAUUAUCAGCAGAUGCAAAUGGUGGUUUCGUCUUUCGAAUCUGUAGAUUGUCUAAGUGUUGCAACUUCAUACAUUUCCUUGGCUCUUAAGACAGUAGAAAGGAACUUUCGGUGCCUAAGGAACGCUAUCUCGGACCGUGUCAGGCAUUUAUCUAGAACCCUUAGGGAGGAUUUAUUGUCCCCAACUACCGGUGCUAGCAGUAGCAAAGGUGAUAUAAAUAUAUCUAGGAUGAAAUAUGGGGUUCAGAAAUCUGGUGGGGUUAACACGGGCUUCCUUGAACCUCAACAAGAAGGCUGGAGGCCCCAAAGAGGCCUACCGGAACGUGCAGUGGCAAUUCUUAGAGCUUGGCUCUUUGAGCAUUUUCUUCAUCCGUACCCCACAGACACGGAUAAGCACAUGUUGGCAAAUCGAACCGGUCUUGCUCGAAACCAGGUUUCUAACUGGUUCAUAAACGCUCGAGUUCGAGUUUGGAAACCGAUGGUUGAAGAAAUACACAUGCUUGAGAGCAAAGGCUUGGAAGCAAGCAAUCAGAACUCUAUCAAAACUGAUACAAAAUCUACUACUGCUAUAACCAUUCGGCCCAAUGAAGAACAAUCUAUCAACAGCUCAUGUAUAAACACAACAUCCGACAAGCAAUUGGCUUGCUCAAACAUGGCUAUUGCUGGGAUUACGGAAGGUGCCUAUGACGCUGAACGCCGGUAUCACGAGAAACACUCUAGUAUGGAUUUUCGUAUCUCAUCAAGCAUGGACGGCUCAUUGAUUAGUUUUACACCUCACGACCAAAGCAGGCUUGAGACGGGUGGCCUUGGAGCUGUGUCACUUACCUUGGGUCUCAAGCAUGGAGUAGAAAGUGCAGAAGUCUUCCAACAUCAGCUACAAUAUCAGCCACACGAGUACCAACUUCGGGGAAAGUUCGGAGGCCGAAUGAUUCACGAAUUUGUUGGUUGAGCUUAUGUUCGAUCGUACUGAAGUUGAAAUGAGUGGAGUGGGCAGCUAGCCUAGCUAUUCCUUACGAUAAAUUUUCAAAAUGUGACAAUUACUAAUACACGGUUGCAGGCCACCUUGACCGUAUACGAACAUGUUUGUUUUGAGGGUUGGAAAGAUUGACAUCCUUAGAUAUACCCCGAAACUACAAAUUCUCAAUAUAAAUUUGGGAACAUUCUGCUGGUUC